AUGAAGUCCCAAGACACCGUCAGUGUCCCGAUUCGCCGCCGCUCAGGAGUCGGCAGUACAAACAUCGCCGCCAUCGUUGGACUGUCGGACAUUAUAUCGUACAUCUUGGAGAAGGGUCAAAGUAUCAAUCUUAGUAAAGACUGCAUCGAAAGCGUUGAGAGCUUGGGAUUAGGCGAUGAAAUUGAAGAAAGUUAUCGAAUUUGGGAGCGGGAUUUCUUGGACACCAUCGAAUCGACUCUGACGGCAUUCGCUCGCGGAGUGCAUCGUGCACUAAUCACCGACGUCCUCAACCAACGCAAAGCCUACUUGUUGACGCAAACUGAUAUCAUCCGCUUUAUCCAUGCCAAUCCAUCCGUCGUUUCGGCGUCGAUCGAUCUUACAAUUCCGAUCAAAAUAUCGCUUCUCAAACAACUUGGAGAUCCCAGCAGCGUGAUUACUAUGCGGGACAACCGGACUGUUAUUGAUGGGUUGGCAUUGAUGAAGGAGAAGAAGAUAGCUGCAGUUCCAGUUGUGGAUAAAGAUGGCAAGAUAGUAGCAAACUUCAGCGCUUCAGAUCUCAGAGGUAUUACAGAGGCCGGGCUGGUCGAGCUCAAGAAGCCAGUAUUGGAGUAUCUCAAGUCGGCAAAUGGUCACAUCCGCAAUCCUAUCCUUUGCACACCUCAGACUUCUCUGAGCGAGGUGCUCGAGCUUCUUGUCACAAACCGCAUUCACCAGCUUUGGGUGGUGGACUCUCCCGAGAACCCCAUUCCGACUGGGGUGGUGACGAGGUCGGACAUCAUCGGCACACUUGUCGGUGUUGAAGCUCGUUAG